CUUCCGCACGUUGAACAUGGAUACAGAUGAACCCGAAGAAUUUUCAGAAGAGCAGCUUCGGCGGCUAUACGACGAAGAAGAAGUUUCGCGCUUCUUACAUUUGUUUGCUGCACACGUCACAGAAGUCCAGCUUCCGGAAUCCACGCCUGUGGGAACACAAAACGUUACAGCGUCCGACAGGGGGCCAAAGGAAACGUCCAGUACAGUGGAAAACUUGAACGGCAAAGUAGGGCCCAACUUCAACCCAUCCGAAGAUAAGCAGACAUUAUCAGAGCGAAUAGCAUUUAGAUACAUUCUUCCUCUCUUACCACCGCCGCCUCUACCUCCUCCACCAUUCGCACUUGGUCGAUUACGUUUGGCAACACAGCGGUUAUACUUGUCCAUAUGGCCUGUUUAUGUUCCUUUUUUUCACCAUCUAGUUGCACUGUGUACCUGGAGAGAUCGCAGAAGGAGCGCAAGAUACUGCAUGAUUUUUUGGGUAUUGUGGUAUUACAACCUCCUUCUACCUACGUUCUUCUUCCGGAUCUUUUACGCCUUGAUACGGCGUAAGAUAUUCACGUAUCCAACUCUCAUGGAACUCAAGCAAAGACGAAAACAGGUUGAUAAGGCUAACGAGUUGGGCGAAGAGAUAUCCCUCAGGCUCUCUACUUCGUCUUUUGGUUUAAAGGAAAUCUGGAGAAUUUCACGGAUAUUUACAAAAUCUAAUAGAAACAAAUCGACCCAGAAAUCCAAUACCGGGCUGGACAAACCUGACGACGGUGUUGAUGAUCCUACUGUCCUAGAUAAUACAAGGGAAAGCCAGAAAGAGACGGAUGUAAAACGUGCUGUGUUGCUAGCUAUGAAUGAUGUUGCAGACCUGCAUGAACGUAUCAAAAAUAUCUUUAUCUGGCGCAGGCCAGCAUCGUCCAAAGUCUACGGAACAGCUCUCUGCUUUUGUUGCAUUCUCACUCUAUUGCUACCUGCGCAAUACAUCGCAAAGCUCGUGUACUUUCUAGGCGGAGCGUUCUUUUGGCAUAUCAUACCUAUUCUCGCGGCCUUACCUUCAGAAGACAGAGCCAGAAUUCCACCUGCCUUCCAAGACGUUCCUACAGAUGCAGAAUUCGCGAUGGAAAUCAUAUCCAGACGCAUUGCUGCCGGCCUCGAUGUCAACCCUUCCAAAAGAUCAUCCCAGAAGAGUCGGCCUAGCCCCGUCGCUUUGGGCGAAAUCAAAACAGAAGAUGCGACUAGUUCAAGCACCCCGACAACUCCUGGCGGUAGUAAACCCGAAAAGGGUAAAGACGUCGACUGGAAGAAAUGGGGUGAGCGAGCAGCCAUUGGUAAGGCAUGGAUGGUCGACAAGAAACUUGUGAGUAAAAAACCAGAUACUUCAGAUAUUUCAGCUGCAGCAUCACAACCUACUUUGUUACCUGAUGCGCCUCUCCCUUCAGGCGGAACACACACUUUCCCAUGCCAGCAUACGUCUUCCCCGGGGCUGUUAACAUUCACUCAGGAUAUGCUAUUCUUCAACCCGAUCGCAUCCACAAGGACGAAGGUCGCCAUUCCAUUGGCGGAUAUACGAGCUGUAAAGAAGACGGGUUUGCUCAAGGGCCUUACUGUGAAAUGGAUUGAUGCGACUAAUGGCGAACAUAAAGAGGAGGUUUUCCCUUGGGUAGGUGGGCGGGAUGAGAUUUUCGCUCGUUUGAUAGGGACAGAUGUCAAGCGUUGGAUGAAAGUGUGAAUAUUCUAUGAUUGUAGGGCAGCUGUGUGUAUACCUUCGUGGUUAGUGUAUCCGUACAAUUUAUUCUUCGUAGCAGGCCAAAGCAGGAUAUUUCAGCCAUCU